UUAUAUCUCUGAAUAGGUCAUAGAAACUACUAGACAAUGAUUAACGAUUCUCUAUGUUCAAUUCUUUUUUUCAUUUUUCAUUCCUCGAAUGGUGUUCCAGUUCUCCACGGCCAAGAUAGCCUUACUACCUACUACGUUGGCAACAUGAAUUUAAUAAUCACUGUUCCUCAUAAUGGUCAAAAGGCUCCAGUUAAUAUUUCAGAUAGAACAAAAGGAUGUACUGAUCAAAACAACAACUGUGUUUGGUCCAACAACUGCAGUCCACAGUCAUCGUCGUGUAAAGCAAUUACUAUUGGUGACGGAUAUACCAAGAAUAUUGCUAUGAAGUGUUACAAUAGGGUUCACGAGUUGACUGGUCUAUAUCCUCAUAUGAUCAUUAGCGAAUUAAGAAGGGUAAAGAUGGAUCCAAAUCGUGAGAUAAAUGAAGCUACUUUUGGUGAUCCAAUAGCGAUUCAAGUCUACAAUGACUUUCACGGCUUCAUUGAUCAGGCAAAAAAUUCUUUUUCAGAGCAUGGCCUUCUUAUUGAUAUGCAUGGUCAAACUCAUCCAGAGCAGUGGAUUGAAUUAGGUUAUUUGAUCUCAAAACAUAAAUUAGUAAAUAAUAUUCUAGACCCGUCAACUUCAUCAAUUAAAUCUCUAAAUUCAAGAUUCAAUAAUAUAAGCUUUGAGAGUCUAUUACGAGGAUCAAACAGCUUUGGAAAAUUACUGAAUGACUAUUCUUAUAAUGUUGUACCUUCUCCUAACAAUCCCGAUCCAACAGCGUCAGGUAAUUAUUAUAGUGGAGGAUUCAUAACCAAAACCUACGGUUCAUCAAACUGCGGUAAUACAGAUGCAAUUCAAAUUGAAGCACCAAAAAGCAUUCGAUUUAAUUCUUCUAUCAGGAAUAAAUUUGCUAGAGAUUUGGGUGACGUAAUAGUAACUUUCAUGCAAACAUACUAUGGACUUGCUAAAACUGAUUAAGUCAACAAGAAGAAAGGGACUCUAUUGACUAUUGAGAAAAAGUCAUUCUAAAACUAUUAUAUAUACUGUAUAUAUAAACUGAAUAUGUCUGUAUUUAAAGAAAAGCAAACCUUUAAACAAGAUUGGAUUAAUCGACCAGAUAAAAUAAAGCUAAAACUUUUAAACUGCUUUAUUUACCUGAAAACUCUCCUUACAUACAGAUUUAUACAACGCCAUUUGUUUCCCUUUUAUAUCAUUAAAAAUAUGCCUAUUUACAUAUAUAUCUGUAUGUACUUUAUACUGACUUUCUCUUCCCUUUAUUUUCUUUUGUAAGUAGACCUAUAAUGCUCA